UAUGAAAGUUUACGCAGGAUCCGUGUCAGCAAACUGCAUAUCAAAAUGGCGUCGUUUAAGUUGUGUGUGUUUUUAGGCUUAAUAGCUUUAGCGCACGCAGCGUAUUCUGCUGCUCAGCAUCGGACAUAUCUUCGACUAACUGAGCAGGAGUUUACAAUGCUGCCUCACGAUAUUUUAUUGCAGUGUAUUUUGGGCCUUCUACUCACAUGUUAUGGAGUUGUCAAUGUGGCAGGUAACUUCAAAGAAAUCCGAGCAAGUGCAGAGCAAGAAAAUAAGACUUGGGACAUGCUUGGCAACAGAGGAGGUUUCAACAUGUUUCAUCAUCGAGGCAAAGCCAUGUUCAGGGAACUCUAAAGCAUAUUUCUGAGUCUGCACACUAUCUUCCACCUAGGUUGUAAAGCUCUCAUGUGGUUUAGUUAUUUGGUAAAAUUGCAAACCCUUCUUUUUUGUUGAGCUUUAUGUGAGAUAUUAAAAAAAAAAUUAGUUUGCAGUAAUGAAUCAAGAUGCAGUCAGGUCUUUAUAAUUUUUUUUAUUAUUAUUCAUGAAAUAUAUAAGACCUUUAAAACGUCAUUUGUUUUGAAACAAUGGUGACAGGUUGAUGUGGCACAAGGCAGAUAGCUACAUGUCAACAAAUAAUGAGAAGAGUUUAUGAUGUGCAAAGACAUAUGAAAUUGCCAUUUAAAAUGUGUCUUUCUGCUUGUAAAAAAAAAUGUUAAGAUAUCUCUUCAAAAAUGUUUCAUUGGACUUGUAAAGAUCUAAUGUGGUUUAAGGAUGUAGCAUGCAAAAGUUUUUGUGCAUGUGUAUGCCUGUGGUUUUAAAAUAAUUUGCUGUGUAUGCACUGGACAAGAUGACAUUGUUUAUAAUGAUUGUCAGAAAGCAAGAGAUUUUUGUGUCGUAUGAAUAAUAAAAGAUAAAGAAUAUGUGGUA